CAGCGAACAACUCAGCUGGAACAAUAACAGUUUGAAUCAGGAUUAGCGAGCCUGACAGACUCGAAACAUCUCCACUGCAUUGCUCUCUCCGAGGCGCUAACGUUCUAAUUGUGAAGUAUUUCCCUCGAGCGUAGCUGUUGCUUAUAUAAUGUAGGCUCUGGUUUUGUGUAGCGUGAAAAAUGCAAAGUGUUUGUGAGAAGGAAAAUCGAGGCACAUGUUUUUACCGCCAAAGUACACUGACAACAACAACGUCAUCAUCAACAUCAACAGCCGCGGAGCUUCGAAAGCACUGCUCAAAUGUCACUGCUGGUCCUAUUGAACGCGGUCCAAUCGCCUGAUAACAAUCAGCGUAAGCUGGCGGAGGAACAGCUCGGUGUCGCUGUUGCCGCGGACCCAUCGUCCAGUGCCCUUGAGCUCAUCAACAUUGCAAAGGCGCAUGGCGAUCUUGCUCUGAGACAGUUUGCGUUGCUUUACCUGAAGAAGAUAGUACCGAUGUAUUGGAGUGCUGGUUUUGAGUCCUUUAAAGGGCCUGCGAUCUCCCAGGAGCACAAGGCUGCCAUCAGAAACUCACUACUUGAAGUCGUCACAAACGACCCACAUUCAAAGAUCAGAAAUGGUGCUUCCUAUGCGGUGGUACAGAUCGCAGUGGUUGACUAUCCCGACGAAUGGCCAAGUCUCUUGGAGACCCUGUACAAUCACAUGAUUUCUCUGAACAGGAUUGCCGUGCUUGGUGGUCUGUCAUUGCUUCAGGACUUACUCGAUGACCUUGUCACUGAAGAACAGUUCUUUAACGGCGUGGGAAUUGCCAUUAUUUCACAGUGUAUGAAGUUGAUGGGAAAUUCAACAGUGGAUGCUGAAGUUAAGACAGCAGCUGCCAAUCUGUACAAAUCGUGUCUCCUACAACUGGAGAACCCUGCAUAUUUGGAAGACGAGAGUAAAAGACCUGCUCUACAACAGCAUUUCAACGAAAUUGUCACUAUGAUGACAGUGUUACUCCAGGAUACUACCCUUGAUAUACACUGCAUGCUUUUCAGAACGGCACUUUACGCCAUAGCUUACGUAUUGGCAACCGAAUUUCCUGAGGAGUUAUUUGAACCUAAUGCCAAGCUUGCACUACAGAAGGAAACCAUAAACGACGUUUCACAACUAGCAGGGUUGUUUGCAACAGUUGUAAUUCAAGAAGAUGAUGAAUUUCCAAAUGAUACGGAGUUCGACACCGUCACUGUGUUGACCAACCUUGUAAUUGAACAAUUCCAAUUCUUAGGUGGCUUAGAGGAUCUUGGAUUGUUCAGUGUCCUGACCAGCGACAACUUCCUGAAUGCUAUCAUCACAGUUGCCUCUCUCCCAUUGGAAACAGAGUCCGAAUAUUCUGAGGAAUAUGACACUUUUGUCACAGAAGAAACGGGCGUUUCACCUGACUUUUCUGCCAGAAACGCUGUGUUUCAAUACAUGUCUGAGCUUAAUGCUGAAGACGUUUCUAAAGUGUUCAACGGCCUAAUUGAUCAAUUACAGUAUGAUCAACCAUGGAAAACAACAGAAGCGGUGCUAUAUCUGCUUUGUGGAUUGUUCGACCACCAAGAACCAAUAGCAUCACAGUCUUCUCUUGUGGACUCAUUGAAUAAAUUCUUGCAAUUUACAGAGAGUCCUAACACACUGUUGCGGGCCAGGGCUGUGAUCACCGUACCUUUAUUCUUGGACAAGUUCCAAGAUCGUUUAUCAGAUGAUUUUGCUACAAAAUCAUUAUUGCAUUGCAUAAGACUUGCCAAUAAUGACUCAACAGAGUUGUUCAAAUCGGCAUUUUUAGUGGCUCUAUUGAGUUACCGUGAAUUGGUGGAGUUUCACAAUUUGGGAAAUGAAAUUCAAAAUGUCUUAUUCGACAUCAUAGCCUCAUUAAUCUCUUCAGCAAAGGAUGAUACACCACCAUUGUUAGCUGAAGCUCUCGUCAUUGCUUUGAAGAUUAACAACGUUUCCAUGGCGGCGUUGAACCUCAUGUUUGAAAUAGCUCAAAAGGAUGCUGGCAAUAUUGAACUUGUAUUGGACAUUGAAGAUGUGUUGGAAACAUUAUUAGAAUCCAUAGACAUGACCACUUUCACCGGUUACAUUCAGAAUGUCCUUUCAAGGUUCAUCCCAGUUAUCGUUAAUUCAAAGGGUGACUUCUCCGCUGAACUGAUGUUAGCACUCCAAGUACUUUCUAUCUUUCUUGAAAGCUGUCCUGGAGAAAUCCCCGAAGAUGUUUUUGCUGCUGUUGACCCUGUGAUUUAUGAUCUCUUGAUGGUUACAUCUGACGAUCAAGUCUUACAAGCCGGUGGUGAGCUUUAUAACUCGCUCAUCAAGAAUUCAGAUGCUAACCUCUUUGAUAUACAAAAGGUGUUGCAAGUUUUAAGCAAAUUCUUAAACCCAGAACUAUCCGACAGUGCUGCUUUGAAUGUUGGUACAUUAUCUGUGUCUGUCAUCACUAAGUUUAGCUCCAAUCUGGAAACUUUCUUGCCAGAGAUUUUGAAGGCAACAACACAGAGACUCCUACAAGCUCGUGAACUGGCCACCAUCCAAGACUUGCUAAACGUGCUAUGCUACAUGAUCUCUAUAGAUGUGACACAGUCGGUCCAAUUCCUUGCAAACUUUGAGAUACAAAAGAUCUUCAAUAUUUGGUUUAGCAACUUUAGCUCAGUUAGUGGAACAAGUGAAAUCAAGCACAACUGUCAAGCCUUAGUGGCACUCUUCCUUAGCGGAAUUGACUUUGACUUCACUGUCGAUGGUGAUGAGAUGGUUGACCUUGCUAACCCUAAUCUUAUCAUCACACGAUCAAUGAGAAAGAAUGCAGAGUAUAAGCAGAUUCUUGUCCCUGUGAAGAUCAUCAAACUUCUUGUUCAUGAGCUAAGAGAUCAAUCUACGAAUCAUCAAUAUGAGUCCAGAGAUGGCGAUAUCGAUGCUGUUGCUGAUGAUGAUGAAGAGGGAUGGGAAGACUUUGAUGAUAUCCGUGAUGAUUUCGAUAAGUUCAAAGAGACCAUUGGUGAUAGUGAUAUAGUUAAGGAUGAGGAUCUUAGAGUAUACCUGAUCAGUUUCUUCAAGCAAGUUGCCAAGGACAAUAUCCAUGACUUCAAGUCCAUUUAUGAACUUUACCUUACAGACGAUGAACGUCAAACGUUGACCGACACGCUUAUUGAGUGAGUAACACGAAAAUCUACAUCACUAAUUAUAUUGUUAAGUUAGUAUAAUAGUAUGUAAUAUCCUCUAGUUAUUUUAAUAUGUAAAAUAAAUAAUCUGUAUAGA